GUCUGAACCAGAACCAUGUACUCUGAACACCACGUCCCGACCGUGGACGACCUGCGGGUCAAGCUAUGUUUCAUUUGUCGGGAAGAGGAGCGAUACGACAAUCCCGAAGACCCGCCGAGGGUUUGGACGCAUCCCUGCAGCUGCACGCUCGUCGCCCAUGAGUCUUGUCUCCUUCAAUGGAUACAAGCGGCUCAGCAGGAUCCAUCCAAGGCCGGGAACGCGCUCAAAUGCCCGCAAUGUGGCACCAGGUAUGAGCUAGAGAGCCACAACCCAUUUGUCCUCAGACUUCUAGACAAUGUCAACAAGAGCAUAUCUAUCGUCGGCAAGUUUGUUAGCGUCGCCGGCAUAGUGGGUAUCGGGGUAUCGUUUGGAUUCGGAGUCUACGUGGUCUGCACAGCGUAUGGCUCCUAUGCAGUGAAGGUGUUCCUUGGAAAGGAGAUGUAUGAUCUCCUGUUGACUGACGACCUCAGCAACUGGCCAUGGCACGCCUUCGUCAAUCUUCCCUUCAUUCCUCUAAGCCUCAUCCUAUCCCGCACUCGCUUCUUCACUUCACUACCUCUCAUUCCCCUCUUCCUCCCUUGGGCGUCCACGCCUCCUGUUGCUUCAACGCAGAGUAUGAUGGCCGCGCGCUGGAACCCGCUAGUGCGGAAAGCUCCAGUCUAUCCUUCGGCCCCGCUUUUCGGCUGGCCACCCUCGCCUAUCGUGAUCACCAUAGCGUAUUCCAUACUGACGUCGUUUUACCGGCGGGGCUACUCUACGCUCAAGCACUGGAUAUUGGGCACUCCGUCGAACGCCCAGCACACCAUCCGUGAGGUCAUCUGGGACCUCGGUGGGCACGCCCGCAUAGGUGUCAACAUCAACGAUGGGGAGCAUCCGGCCAACCAAGAUCAGCAGGCCGCGCAGGGUGAGCAGGCGCCGGCCAACGGCGAUGCUGGCCAGGAGCAAGCCGGCGACAACGACCCAGGUGUUGUUGCCGAGCGCACGUUGCGCGUCACAAACGCGUCGCUCGGUCGUUUCAUCAGCGGCGCGCUGAUGAUGCCCACGAUCGCAAACUGCAUGGGCGCCAUCCUGCUCCGGCUGUCGCGGCACUCGCGGUUGCUGCAGCGGUUCCUCGCUGUGCGCCCGCCGAUGCGCGGCGGAGUGCCUCCAACGCUGGCCAGCUGGCUCGAAGCGCAGCCGUGGGGCGAGAUGAGCUACAUGCGGCAGGUCGCAACGGGGCUGAAGGUCGCGCUUGACCUCGUCUGUGGCGGCACGCGGACAUGGGAAGAAUGCGACCCCGUCUGGUGGAGGAACUCGAUCGGACUUGGCAUCUACAUCGUCGCCAAGGAUUGCAUCCAGCUCCUACAUCUAUACCUUGCGAAACGCGAGCUGGAGACGCGACGCAUAAAGAAUCGCUCUUUCGAGGGCAUUGAUGUGAAGGAACUCGAUCUCAUUGAUCGCUCGCUUCGGUCGUAGCAUUUAUCCGCUUCACAGGUAUUAGACUGCUCAUUUGUCCCGUGUUGUCGUAACGCUAUCCACUACUCGAUUGUCAUGCAGUACUCACGUCCUCCAUAAUCUAUUGUGCAUUCAUUGAUAU